AUGGGGGUGUGGAAGGAGGGCGCCGGGUGGUGCUUCUGCUCGGGCGGCGGCGGGGGCCGGUCCGAGCGGGUCAAGGCGGCCAUCUUCUCCGCCAAGUCCGCCGCGCUGGCCGCCGUCUGCGACCACGGCGGCACGGGCCUCCUCAUCCACCGCAACCUGCUGCUCACCACGCACGGCAACCUGCCCUCCGCCGCCGCCGCCGAGGACGCCGACGCGCUGCUCGGCCACGCUCGCGUCCCCGCACGCCUCGUGCCCCACAGAUUCUUCAUUACCAGCUCGAUUCUCGACCUCACAAUAGUCGGUGUUGACUCUGCCGAGAACGACUCCACUUUGCAAGCUCAGCAGCCUCACUAUUUGAAAACAUGCUGCAAACCAAGCCUGGAUCAUGGCAGUGUUGUUUACCUGCUGGGGCACACUGGGAAGAAGGAACUGGUGAUCGGCGACGGAAAGGUAGUGAUCGGCACAGACAACCUCAUAAAGCUCUCCACAGAUGGGGUGACAUGGUGCCCUGGCUCUGCCGGUUUUGACGCCCAAGGGAACCUUGCUUUCAUGAUCUGUGAUCCAAUGAAGCUGGCCUCCUCCCCGACCGCAAGGUCUUCUUCAGCAUCCUCGUCCUCGUCGCAUUCAUCGAAGAAGGAUCAGCCAAUGCAAUUCGGGAUCCCCAUCUCUGUCGUCUGCGAUUGGCUGUACCAGCAUUGGCAGGGCAGCUUGGAUGAGGUUACCAAGCCAAAGUUGCCUCUUGUUAGACUGAUGUCCAGCAGGAGUGAUCACUCGACCAGCUCCUUUACUCGCCGCAAUGUGUUCAAGCCCGCAGACGAUGAGAAUGAUGAUGCGUCGGUUACUUCUAAAGUGACUUCCAAGCCUAAAUAUCAGCAGGGGUCAGGCAGCUCAGCCAAUGCCAAAAUCUCACAUGAUGCCAAUCCUCUUGUUGAUCUACGCAGAAACAGCGAGCAAGGGAUUUCAACUCCAGAAAUAUAUGAAUCACCGAGGGGUAGUUCUUGUCAGGGGCAGCAGGGUCCUUCGCCAAUUCAACUCUUGGACAUCAACUUCCCACCAAGGGUUCCCAAGACUAUCUUUCUACCACUGCCCCUGAAGCAAAUGCUUUCUGAUGAGAACAAUGUGGAGACGUCCAAACCUAGGAAUCCAUCUAGAGAGAACUGCUUUCCAUCAGGGCUGAUAUGGCACCGUAAUGGCGAGGCAGAAUCGAGGGAUCCUCCGGCUGCUCCUCCGAGGGACGAUUGUAGCAGCGAGGGGCAGUCAAGCUCGUCACCUGCUGAACGAAUGGAGUACAGAAAUCAUCGAGACCAGUAUAGCAGCGAGGAGGAAACAAUGUACUCAGCUGAAACCAUGGAGAGCAGGAACAUUCCAAGCCCCAGGGAGAAGCACGUCGGGAGGAGCCAGAGCUGUGUCAACUACAGCCGGUGGAACUCUCCAAGGAAACCGUCGGUGCAAAACGGGACCUUAAGGAAGCAACACACACUGAUCCCUGUUCGGAAGACGCACUCGCAGAGCACGUCUCUGCCACAGAGGAGUCAUGACUAUUUGAGCCCGACGGUCUCCUCGGCUAUGAAGAAGAGGAACUCCAUGGAGCAGCAACAGCCUCCAAAGCCCCGUCGGAUCAUCGUCAAUUCUUCUCCAAAAUGGAUGUUUUGAUGUUUUUCUCCUUUUAGUUUUCCAAAAGCCCUAUUGAUAAGGCUGGAGAUCUGCAGUUCCCUUGUUUUCUCCUAAGGCAUUUCAAUAGGUCGAUGAUCUUUUUUGCUUUUCUUUCUCUUUAGAAUGGUGUGCGGCAGUGCGUGUGCAGAGUAUGACUUGGACAAAUAAACGGUUACAAGAAGGAAAAGUUCGACAUAAAAGGGUACUGUGGAUAUGAAUUGCUAUAUCUAGCAACUAGCUUGACUUUUUGAGUGAGAAAAUCUAGCUUGACUCU